AUGGAUCACUUCCCUCGAUCAGCCUUUGACGACGAGAUCGACGCUUUAAGCCAGCAGAUUGAAGAUGUCGAGUCUCAUCGAGAUAGUUGCAAAGGAGAAGAUAGAGGGGAUGGAAGCAGGCCUGACCAUGAACUUGCUGUUGAAGCAUACCUGGAUGAAAUGAAGAGACAGUUGAGCUUCUUGGCCGACAAGAAGCUCGCUGUCAGCAUUGCUUCUGCGGUGUACACAGACAGUCGCGAAAAUGAUGAGAACGACUCGCUGGACCAGCCUAUUGUGCACGACAGCGCAGAGCACUCCAGCGUGAUGAAUGAAGCCCCAGACACUGAUGAGGAGUGUAUCGCAGGUCCCUCGAUGACCUGCCCCCAGCGACAAGAUGAGAAACUAGAAAAGCUGCCGCAAAACAAACUACAAUGCUGUGUUUGUUACGACUGCUAUCAUCCACACCAGACACAUCGCUUGAGCUGUAAGCACAUUUACUGCAGAUACUGCCUCAAGGAUCUGUUCUUGAAAGCGGCCAAGGAUCAAUCACUAUUUCCACCUCGAUGCUGUCGCCAGCUGAUCCCCUUGGACGCUGUUCAGACAGCUAUGUCCGAGGCUGAGCUUGCCGAGUUCAAACGCUCAGAGGUCGAGUUUUCUACGAUCGACCGGACAUACUGCAGCAAUAGGGCUUGCGGUAGAUUCAUACCUCCAUGUGACAUCGCGGUGGAUCGAGCGCAGUGCUCGUACUGUGGCUCUGCUACCUGCUCCGCGUGCAAAAACACGUUUCAUACUGAUGACUGUGUUGAGGACACUGCGCUCCAGGCUACGCUGGCUCUAGCUACCAGUGAGAACUGGCAACGCUGUUUUUCAUGCAGGGCUAUCGUGUCUCUGGCCGUUGGCUGUUACCAUAUCACAUGCAAAUGCCAGGCCGAGUUCUGCUACCUCUGUGGCUUAGUUUGGAAGACCUGCGAGUGCGAGCGAUGGGCCGAGGAGGAUCUGCUGGCGAGGGCCGAGGAAGUCGUAGACCGAGAACUCGAGGAGCUAUUGGCGGCCCCAGUUCGUCGGGUCCGAGUUGAGCGAAUACGAGAUGAACUGAGACAGAACCACGACUGCGACCACCCCGGAAGAUUUCAUCGUAUUAAUGGCGAAGGGGGUCGCCGAUUCACCUGCGAAAUCUGCGAGGGCCACCAUUGGGAUUACAUCCUCCGAUGCCGACGGUGUCAUCUGUAUGUGUGUGAACGUUGUCGACGAAACCGACUUUAA